UGCAGUUAAAUACUGCUCCAUUUUACCGAAAAGCCGGAGAUGUUAAUAUCUGUUCACCCGGCGUUCAUCCUGAACUGUACCCAACAAAUGGUCUGUUAACUGAAUUUUUUGCAUCAUUUAUUCUUAUUUUGGUCUAUUGUGGUAUGUGGGAUUCCAGAAAUCGCAUGCAUCUAGAUGCGAUAGCAGUCAAACUGGCGUUUGUUGUAAUCUGUGAAGUAUUAGCUUUUGGGCACAUUACUGGAUGUCACAUGAAUCCCGCUAGAAGUUUCGCACCUGCCCUAAUAAAUCUAAAUUUUGAAUAUGUUUGGUACUUCAUUUUUGGCCAACUAAUGGGUGGUAUUUGUGGGGCAACAAUAUACAGGUUACUGUUUGCUUUGCCAUACGAUGAUGAAAUGGAGCCCUGGAUUCAAUAAAUAUUCUAUUUUUACGAAUAAG